AUGAUGUUGUGUCAUCAUCUCCUACUUGUGUUUGGCCUGUUGCUAGCUAGUGGGGUGUGUGCAUCUAGAAAGUGCUACUCAGAAGCCCGAGUCUCCAUAUAUUUUUUCUGCAACCUCAGGGAUGUUCCACCUGUGCCAAAGGAUACAGUGAAGCUUUUCCUGACUUACAACUAUAUCAGACAAGUGACUGUGACUUCGUUUCCACUGCUGGAACACUUGUUGCUGUUGGAAAUGGGGUCGCAGUUUGUCCAUCCUGUUACCAUAGGAAAAGGAGCAUUCAGGAACCUGCCAAACCUUCGUGUCUUAGACUUGGGAAACAAUAAGAUUCUUCAACUGGAUCUUGAUGCUUUUGUGGGCUUGCCAAACCUGACUGUCCUCCGUCUGUUUCACAACUACCUUGGAGAUUCCAUCCUGGAAGAAUGUUACUUUCAAGAUUUGAGGUCAUUAGAAGAAUUGGAUAUUUCAAUGAAUGAAAUCACAAGACUUCACCCCCAUCCCUUAUUUUAUAAUCUAACAGCCUUGAAAAGUGUGAACCUGAAAUUCAACAAGAUAUCCAACUUUUGUCAAACCAAUCUUACCAGCUUCCAAGGAAAACACUUUUCAUUCUUUAACCUCAGUUCUAAUCAUUUGUACAAGACAGAAUAUGUGGCCUGGGCCAAGUGCCCCAAUCCUUUCAAAAAUAUUACAUUUAGCUCACUAGACCUUAGUGACAAUGGCUGGAGCACAGAGAGAGUCCAGUAUCUCUGUACAGCCAUUAAAGGAACUCAAAUAAAUUCUUUACUAUUUAGCACUCAUACAAUGGGUUCAGGAUUUGGCUUUGAUAACUUAAAAAAUCCAGAUUAUUCUACUUUUGCAGGACUAGGAAGAAGUUAUCUUAGAUUCUUUGAUAUUUCACAGGGUUUCAUUUUCUCUCUCAAUUCUUUAGUCUUUCAAAGUCUUGGUAAUUUGGAAUCACUGAACCUUUUCAAAAACAAGAUAAAUCAAAUCCAAAGGCAAGCAUUUUUUGGCUUGGGAAACCUAAAAAUUCUCAAUCUCUCAAGUAACCUUUUGGGUGAGUUGUACGAUUAUACUUUUGAGGGUCUGCAUAGUGUAAUGUAUAUUGAUUUACAGCAAAAUCAUAUUGGGAUGAUUGGUGACAAAUCAUUCAGGCAGUUAGUAAAUCUGAAAAUAAUUGAUCUCCGAGAUAAUGCCAUUAAAAGACUCCCUUCCUUUCCACAUCUGACCUCUGCCAUUUUAGGUGACAAUAAGCUAAUUUCUGUAUCUGACAAAAGGAUAACUGCAACACACCUUGACUUAGAAAGAAAUAGGUUGGCAGACCUAGGUGAACUGUAUAUUCUUUUCCAAAUUCGAGACUUGCAGUAUAUCUUCUUAAAACAGAACCAGUUCUCUUAUUGUAGGAAAAAUGCUAAUGUUAUAGAAAACAGUCAGUUAAUAUACAUGGAUUUAGGUGAAAAUAUGUUACAGCUGGUGUGGGAGAGAGAUUUAUGUUUGGAUGUGUUUGGGGCAUUGCCCAAACUUCAGGUUCUACAUCUGAAUAACAACUACCUUAGUGCUCUUCCACAGGACAUUUUUAGAGGUCUAACAUCUCUUAAAAUGCUUAACCUGGCUUCCAACCUGUUGUCUCAUCUUUCUCCUGGGCUUUUCCCACAAAGCCUAACAAACCUAAACUUAUCUGGAAACCAGCUGUUUUCCCCUGAGCCUGAAGUCUUUAUGACUUUGAGAAUUCUGGAUAUAACACAUAAUAAUUAUGUCUGUGACUGUGCUUUAAAGAGCCUGCUGGUGUGGCUGAAUGAAACCAAUGUAACCCUGGCUGGCUCCCAGUCUGACAGGUACUGUGUGUACCCCCCUGCCUUUGAAGGGGUACCGCUGUCUCAUCUGACAUACGAUGAUUGUGAUGAAGAUGAACUCCAGCAGGCACUCAGAUUCUCACUAUUCAUCAUCUCCUUGGUCAUUCCUUUGAUGUUUCUGGUGACAGUCAUCAUUUUUACUCGCUGCCGGGGCACUUGUUUCAACUGGUAUAAAACCAUCACCAAAAGACUGAUAGACAACCAACCACAAGUAGCAGAUAAAAGUGAAUACAAAUACGAUGCUUAUCUGUGCUACAGCAAAAAUGACUUUGAAUGGGUCCAGAAUUCUUUGCUAAAGCAUCUGGAUUCACAGUAUUUUGAUAAAAACAGAUUUACCUUGUGUUUUGAGGAAAGAGAUUUCUUGCCUGGGGAAGAACACAUCAGCAAUAUUCGUGAUGCCAUUUGGAACAGCAGAAAAACAAUCUGCAUUGUGACCAGGCAGUUUCUCAAAGAUGGGUGGUGUGUGGAAGCCUUUAAUUUUGCCCAGAGCAGGUACUUCUGUGAUCUGAAGGAUGUCCUCAUUAUGGUAGUGGUUGGGUCACUUUCUCAGUAUCAACUGAAGAAACACAAACCAAUUCGGAACUUCUUGCAAAGGAGUCAGUACUUGCGGUGGCCUGAAGAUUAUCAAGAUGUAGAAUGGUUUUUAGACAACCUUUCUUGCCAAAUUCUGAAGGAAAAAAAAGUGCAAAGGAAAACCAGUGGUCUAGAGCUGCAGCCUAUAGCAACUGUCUCACAGUGA